AUGCUGCCAGGGGGUAUUGUGGCGACCGGGCCAGCGAAGCGGUACGCUGGACGGAUCACGCCUUAUGUGGUGCUGACCUGCAUCGUAGCAGCCAGCGGCGGAGCCCUCUUCGGGUAUGACAAUGGCGUCACAGGAGGCGUGGUGGCCAUGCCUGACUUCCUGGAGAAGUUCUUUCCCAGCGUUCUGGCGGACGUCGAGGCAGAUGGGCAGAACGGCAACCCCUACUGCAAGUACAACAGCCAGCCGCUGCAGUGGUUCACCUCAUCCCUAUUCAUCGCCGGGGUCUUUGCCGCGCUACCUGCAGGCUACACCACCAGGAAGUACGGGCGCAAGAAGACGAUGCUCAUAGCGGGCCUGCUCUUCGAUGUUGGGGUGGUGAUCACCUGCACAGCGUUCAACCUGGCGAUGCUCAUUGUCGGUCGAAUUCUGCUGGGCAUAGCAGUCGCGUUUGCCUCUGUGGCGGUCACACUGUACAACAGUGAGAUGGCCCCUGCGCACAUCCGCGGCCGUCUCAACCAGAUCUUCCAGGUGGUGCUGACGCUGGGCAUCGUGCUGGCGCAAGCCAUCAACAUCGGCACGCAGCACAUCCCCGGCUACGGCUGGCGCAUCUCCCUCAUGUUCGCCGGCGUUCCCGCCCUCGUGCUCACCCUGGGGGGCCUGCUACUGCCCGACACCCCCAACUCCCUCAUAGAACGAGGGCACCAGGAGCAGGGCAAGCAGGUGCUGAGGGACAUAAGGGGGGUUGACAACGUGGAGGAGGAGUUCCAGGACAUCAAGGCGGCCUGCGAGCGCGCCGCUCUUGUGACCAACCCGUGGCGCACCAUCUUCAAGCCCUCCUACGCGGCGCAGCUCUUCGUGGCCAUCACCUCCACCCUCUUCCAGCAGUGGACGGGCAUAAACACGAUAAUCUUCUACGCGCCGCAGCUGUUCAUCACGCUGGGCGCCAGCCAGAACGCUGCGUUGGCGGCCACCAUAGUCACCGGUGUAGUCAACCACCUGGCAACCUACGUCUCUCUGUGGGCCGCCGACGAGUUUGGCCGCCGCGUGCUGUUCAUUGAGGGCGGCAUACAAAUGUCCAUCGCGCUGGUGGUGAUCGGGAUAACACUGGCGGCGACGGGGGGUGAGAUAUGGGCGGCCUGGUUUGUGCUGGCGCUCAUGUGUGUCUACAUCAGCGCGUACGCCUGGUCUUGGGGGCCCCUCGGCUGGCUCUACUCCAGUGAGGUGCAACCGCUGGAGACGCGGUCUGCCGGGCAGUCUAUCACCACUCUCGUCAACCUCAUGUUCUCCUUUGUCAUUGGCCAGACGUACCUGUCAAUGCUGUGCUCGAUGCGGUGGGGCCUGUUCUUCUUCUUCGCGGGCAUGUGCGUGCUGAUGACCAUCACUGUCUACGGCUUCUACCCGGAGACCAAGGGGCUGGGCAUUGAAGAGACGCCACGAGUCUUCCAGAAACACUGGUGCGCUGCUCUGCGGGACCAGCCUGCGUUUGUUCUUGAACGGCCGAUCUCUACAUGCAAGCGGCCCCCUAAAUAUUGUGCAGGAAACUUGGGUUGCAUGACUUUUUCAGUUGCAAAGUCUCUCCUGCUGCUCCUGACCGGCUGA